GGAGGUCUGGGAGGGAGAAGAUCAGGGAGCAGGGAAGGCGGCCACGGAGUGGAGUGGAGCCGGUGAGGAGCCCUUCCCGUGCCAGGCGGGCAGAGCCAAAGCCGGGGAGCCCGGAGCUGGGGGGAGGGCCGGGGACAACCCGGCCCUGCCCCCUCCCCCUCCGUGUGCCCAGCAACUUCUGAGGAAAGUUUGGCAGAGCUCGCGCGCUGCCCCGAGGAUGGGCAGGGUCCCGCUGGCCUGGUGGCUGGCUCUGUGCUGCUUGGUGUGCAUGGCCCCCAACGGCUCACAGGCUCAGGAGGACCCCUUUGUGGGGAGCCCAGGGAACAUCACUGGUGCCCGGGAACUCACGGGGACCCUUCAGUGUGAGCUUCUGGUUCAUGGGGAGCCCCCUGAGGUGACCUGGCUUCGGGAUGGACAGGCCCUGGAGCUGGCAGACAGCACCCAGAUCCAGGUGCCCCUGGGCGAAGAUGAGCAGGACGACUGGAAAGUGGUCAGCAAGCUCAGGAUCUUGUCCCUGCAGCUCUCGGACGUGGGAUGGUACCAGUGCGCAGUGGUCCUGGGAGGAAGGAACUUUGUGUCCCAGCCCGGCUAUAUUGGACUGGAGGGCCUGCCCUACUUCUUGGAGGAGCCUGAGGACAGGACUGUUACUGCCAACACCCCCUUCAACCUGAGCUGCCGGGCCCAGGGUCCCCCAGAGCCCGUGGACCUGUUCUGGCUCCAGGAUGCUGUCCCCCUGGCUGCGGCCAAGGGCCACACCCCCCAGCACAUACUUCAUGUUCCAGGCCUGAACAAGACGUCUUCUUUCUCCUGUGAAGCCCAUAAUGCCAAGGGGGUCACCACAUCCCGCACAGCCAUCAUCACAGUGCUUCCCCAGCGGCCCCAUGACCUCCACUUGGUUUCCAGUCUGCCCACAAAGCUGGAGGUGGUUUGGACACCAGGCCUGAGCGGCAUCUAUCCCCUCACCCACUGCACCCUGCAGGUGAGACUCAGACUAUCCGUCCCCCCUCACAAACUACAGCUGGACAACCUCCGUCCUCACAGUCCUUAUCACAUCAGGGUGGCAUGUGCCAGUAGCCAGGGCCCCUCACCCUGGACCCACUGGCUUCCCGUGGAGACGCCUGAGGGAGUGCCUCUGGGCCCCCCUAAGAACGUUACCGCCAUACGGAAUGGGAGCCAAGCCAUCGUGCGUUGGCAGAAGCCAAUGGCACCCCUGCAGGGCACUCUGUUAGGGUACCGGCUGGCCUAUCGAGGCCAGGACACUCCUGAGGUGCUAAUGGACAUAGGACUAAAGCAAGAGGUGACCCUGGAGCUGCGGGAGGACAGGACUGUGCCCAACCUGACGGUGUGUGUGGCAGCCUACACCGCCUCUGGAGAUGGACCCUGGAGCCUCCCUGUGCCCCUAGAGCUUUGGCGCCCAGUGAGUGAACCUCCAGCCCCCUCCUUCUCAUGGCCCUGGUGGUAUGUACUGCUGGGAGCAGUUGUGGCCGCUGCCUGUGUCUUCAUCUUGGCCCUGUUCCUCAUCCAUCGGCGGAAGAAAGAGACCCGCUAUGGAGAGGUGUUUGAACCAACAGUGGAGAGGGGCGAGCUGGUGGUCAGGUAUCGCGUUCGCAAGUCCUACAGUCGCCGGACCACUGAAGCCACCUUGAACAGCCUGGGAAUCAGCGAAGAGUUGAAGGAGAAGCUGCGGGAUGUGAUGGUGGACCGGCAUAAGGUGGCCCUGGGGAAGACCCUGGGGGAAGGAGAGUUUGGAGCUGUGAUGGAGGGCCAGCUCAACCAGGAUGACUCCAUCCUCAAGGUGGCUGUGAAGACAAUGAAGAUUGCCAUCUGCACAAGGUCGGAGCUGGAGGAUUUCCUGAGUGAAGCUGUCUGCAUGAAAGAAUUUGACCACCCAAAUGUCAUGAGGCUCAUCGGCGUUUGUUUCCAGGGUUCCGAACUAGAUGGCUUCCCUGCACCUGUGGUCAUCUUACCUUUCAUGAAACAUGGAGAUCUACACAGCUUCCUUCUCUAUUCUCGACUCGGGGACCAGCCAGUGUUCCUGCCCACUCAGAUGCUGGUGAAGUUUAUGGCAGACAUUGCCAGUGGCAUGGAGUAUUUGAGUACCAAGAGAUUCAUACAUCGGGACCUGGCCGCCAGGAACUGCAUGCUGAAUGAGAACAUGUCCGUGUGUGUGGCAGACUUCGGGCUCUCCAAAAAAAUCUACAAUGGGGACUACUACCGCCAGGGACGUAUUGCCAAGAUGCCAGUCAAGUGGAUCGCCAUUGAGAGCCUGGCUGACCGUGUCUACACCAGCAAGAGUGAUGUGUGGUCCUUCGGGGUGACAAUGUGGGAAAUUGCCACUCGGGGCCAAACCCCAUAUCCAGGAGUGGAGAACAGCGAGAUUUAUGACUACCUGCGUCAGGGAAACCGCCUGAAGCAGCCUGUGGACUGUCUGGAUGGACUGUAUGCCCUGAUGUCCCAGUGCUGGGAGCUAAACCCCCAGGACCGGCCAAGUUUUUCACAGCUACGGGAAGAUCUGGAGAACACACUAAAGACCCUGCCACCUGCCCAGGAGCCUGAUGAAAUCCUCUAUGUCAACAUGGAUGAGGGUGGGAGUCAUGCUGAACCACUUGGAGCUGCUGGAGGAGCUGAUCCCCCAACCCAGCCUGAUCCUAAGGAUUCCUGCAGCUGCCUCACCGCGGCUGAGGUCCAUCCUGCUGGGCGCUAUGUCCUCUGCCCUUCUACAGCCCCUGGCCCCACCCUACCUGCUGACAGGGGCUCCCCAGCACCACCAGGGCAGGAGGAUGGAGCCUGAGACAACCCUCUGCCUGGGACUUCCUCUCAGGACCCAAGCUAGGCACUGCCACCUACGUUCCCAUUCCAGACCUUACUCACAACUGCAGCUCUCUCUUCCUACCAAUUCCACUUCCAUCUCACACAAAUCCUCUCGCUUUCCACAUCUUAGUGUCCCCGUGUGUAAAAGGAAGGGGUUGGACUGCAAUCCCUAAGCGUCCUCCUAAGUCUAACAUGCCAAGAUUUUGGAUUCUAAGGUUUAAAGAGCCUAGGUUCUGGGUUUCAAAGACGUUAUGAGUCUUAGGUUCUAAGGACCUGAAAUUCCAAAUUAUCUAAUUUUAAAGUGCUAAGGUUCUAGACAUGAAAGCUCUAAGGUCUAUAUUUGAAAGUUCUGAGAUUCUACGGCCCUAGAUUUUCCUGUUUUUAAGAUUCUUGAUAAAAUCUGUAAGUUUUGGGGUUCUAAAGUUCUAUGAUUCUAGGCAUAGGAACUAAGACUCAAUGAUGCUGGAUUUCAUUUUCCUUAGGGUAUAAGACUCUAGGUUCUAGAAUUCUAGAAUUCUAGACAUAGAGGUUUUAAGGCCUAAUGUUCUAAAAUUUGAUGUUCUAAGCCUCUUAGAGUAUAAAUCCCCUGGCUGACUCUAGACUCUAGCAGUGGUUCUCAACCUUCCUAAUGCCGCGACCCUUUAAUACAGUUCCUCAUGUUGUGGUGAUCCCCAACCAUAAAAUUAUUUUCAUUGCUACUUCAUAACUGUAAUUUUGCUACUGUUAUGAAUUGUAAUGUAAAUAUCUGAUAUGCAGGAUGUAUUUUCAUUGUUCGUGACCCACAGGUUGAGAACCGCUGCGUCUAGAGCAUAAGGGCUUCAAGAUUUUAUCCUUUCAAGUUCUAAGAUUCUAAUGAUGAUGCCCUAGCUGGUUUGGCUCAGUGAUAGAGCGUCGGCCUGCGGACUGAAGGGUCCCAGGUUCGAUUCCGGUCAAGGGCACAUGCCCGGGUUGCGGGGUCGAUCCCCAGUGUGGGGCGUGCAGGAGGCAGCCGAUCGAUGAUUCACUUAUCAUUGAUGUUUCUAUCUCUCUCUCCCUUUCCCUUCCUCUCUGAAAUUAAUUUUUUUAAAAAAUUAAAAAAAAAAAGAUUCUAAUGAUGGUCAAUUAGAGUUUCUAAGGCUUUAUGAUCCUUGAAGCUCUUGUUAUGAGAUUCUGGAUCCUAAAGGUCUAAGAUUCUAGAUUCUGCAAUUCAAAAGUUCUAAGAAUCUACAGAUGGAGGUUCUAAAGUCUAAUGUUCUCAGAUGUGAUGUUUUAAGACUUAGUCUAAGAACCUAGAUUCUCUGUGUCUAAGAUUCAAGAUCAUAUGUUUCAAGGUCCUAGAUUAUUAAAAUCUAAGAUUCUAAUGUUAAGUUCUGUAUUCCAAGGCACUCUAGAUUCUAUUGGUCCAAGAUUCUGGGUCCUCAGCAUCAAAGGUAUAAGACUCUACAGUUAGUUGUGAUUAACUAGAUACCAAAGUUCUAAUAAUUUCUAAUGUUGGACACCUUUAAGCUCUAUGUUGCAUUCUGCCUUUCUAGGAUUUUAGUUAAGGAUCCAAGAAUCCAUGAUUCUAAAUCUUAAGAUUCUAGGCACUGCAGUUCUAAAAUUCAAAUGUAAGGUUUUAAAGGUCUACAGGUCUUGAACUCCAAGGUUCCAAGGUUCUAACUUUAUAGUAUUAUUCCAUGUGACCCUCCCGAGCCACCUCUGCUUCCUCCUCCCCUCAUGUGGGGUUUUCCCCCCUCAAGCCUGUGCAAUGCAUUAGGGAGGCCUCCUUUCCCCAGGGGACAAUCUUCCUCCUUUUGGGCCAUGCUGCCCGCACCCUGAGCCAGUCCCUCAUAUCCCCCUGUACAGAGUGUGGACUCUGACACCUCCAAAGGGGCUUAUAUCACAUAAAACUUUGUAACCACA